UCAAUUCUCAUCUCUUUCCUCUCCUCGCCUUUUCUCUCUCUUCAUUGAACUACAGAAGAGACAGAAAUCAUCCUGAAAAGCAAAGCUGAAAGAACAGAAGCUAGGAAUUGUAAUCAGAUCAGUAUCAUCCUCCGUCUCCAGCUAUCAGUGCAGAUUUUGGUGGAGAGGUUUGUAAAUCUAAAGAGUUAAGGCACAGUUCGUUCAGAUAUGGAAGUAGAAACUCAAGCAAGUCACGAGAUACCAGUCGCGAAGGCUGCCGAGGAAACAGACACCAAUGGCGUUCAUACUAAGGCGACCAAUGGGGAGUUGAAUCCGGUAGACAAAGUGGUUAAAGAAGAAGAGAAGACAGUGCUUGAUGGGGAAAUCAUAAAAGUAGAGAAGGAAACUUCUCUGCAAUCUGUAGUGGAGAAAAGCAGGGAAUUUCUGGAAGCACAAGAAAAGGUGAAAGAGCUGGAGCUGGAACUGGAAAAAAUCACUGAACAUUUGAAGAACUCUGAAUCUCAGAACACAAUGUUGAAGGAAGAACUCUUGCAUACAAAGGAGAAGUUGGGGGAAAGCGGGAUAAAGUAUGAAGAGCUAGAGCUCAAUCACAAAAAGUUACAAGAGCAGAUUGCAGAUGCCGAAGGGAGAUACAGUUCCCAGCUUAAUGCAUUGCAAGAUGCAUUGCAAGCAAAAGAUGCGAAGCACGCUGAGCUAGACAGUGUUAAGGAGGCAUUUGACGGACUUAGCCUCGAGCUCGAGAGCUCUAGGAAGAAGAUGGAAGAGCUUGAGCAAGAGCUGCAGAUUUCUGCUAGCGAGGCGCAGAAGUUUGAGGAGCUGCACAAGCAAAGCGGUUCGCUUGCAGAGUCAGAAACAAACAAGGCCAUGGAGUUUGAGAGGCUGCUAGAGGUCGCCACGAAAAGCACGAAAGAAAUGGAAGAACAGGUGGCUUCUCUGCAAGGGGAGCUAAAAGUGCUCUGUGAAAAGAUUGCAGAAAGUGAGAAGGUUGAGGAGGCACUGAAGAGUACCACUGCAGAGCUCUCGAAUGUUCAAGGCGAGUUAGGCGCUUCCAAAUCAGAACUACAGGCAUUGGAGGCGAAGCUUGCUGCAGAAGAAGCUGUUCGAAAUGAAUUGACUCAAGAAUUGGAGAUGAGAAAAGCUUCAGAGUCUCAGAUAAUGGAAAACAUGUCAGCUCUUGAGAAGAUAUGUUCAUCAGCCAAAGAAGAUCUGCAGGCUAGGACAUUGGAGAUCGACGAAAUCAAGUUGAAGCUGCAGGAGGAAGUUGCCGCAAAGGAAGAAGUCGAAGCUAAAGAGAAAAGCCAAGAAGCAGAGCUUGCAAUGAUGCAGGAGAAACUUUCCAAACUCUCUGAAGAAAAAGAAGCAGCUGAAGCAGCUCUCUCUGAUUUAGCUAAUAAGGCAGCAAACAUGAAAGAGUUAUGCAACGACCUAGAGGCUAAAUUGCAGAGUUCCGACGAGAAUUUCUCCAAAUCCAAUUCUCUGUUGUCUCAAGCUUUGGAAAACAAUGUGGAGCUCGAGCAGAAGUUCAAAGCACUUGAAGAGCUUCACCAGGAGUCUCAACAUGCCACCACUACUGCACACCAGAAGAUUCUUGAGCUUGAGGAGAUGCUGCAAGCCUCCAAUGCUGCUGCAGAAGAUGUCAAAACACAGUUGAGAGAAUUAGAGACACGCUUCAUUGCAGCAGAGCAAAGAAAUGUGGAGCUAGAACAUCAGCUAAAUCAGGUUGAACUUAAAAGGAGUGAUGCUGAGAGAGAACUGGAGGAGUUCUCGGUGAAAAUAUCUGAAUUAAAUGCCUCUCUUGAAAAGGUAGUGGAAGAAAAGAGUAUCCUGAAUGCCCAGAUUCAGGAGCACCAAGACAAGAUAGCUCACAUGGAGUCUGACUCAAUCAAACUAGCAACCCGUAAUUCAGAACUUGAAGAGGAAUUGAAGGGCGUUCAAGCUAAAUGUGAAGAGCACGAGGGUAGGGCCAAUGUCAAUGACCAGCGCAGCCGUGAACUUUCGGAUUUAAUGCAGAUUUCUCAUACAAAAGCAGAGGAAUCAGACAAGAAGGCAAGUGAGUUAGAGCUAUUGCUUGCAACAGAAAAACACAGGAUCCAGGAGCUUGAAGAACAGAUAAGUGCACUAGAAAAUAAAUGUGGUGAUGCAGAAGCAGAGUCUAAAAAACUCUCUGAAAAGGUAUCUGAACUUGAAGAAGAGCUUACAGCAUACCAGAACAAAGCAUCAAGCUUUGAAAUUGCAUUAAAUUCAGCCACAGAAAAGGAGAAGGAAUUGAGUGAAUGCUUGACCGUGGCUGCAGAAGAGAAGAAAAACUUGGAGGAUGCCUAUAAAAACUCAACUGAAAGGUUAGCUGAAUCAGAGAAUUUGCUUGAAGUCUUGCGCAAUGAAUUAAAUGAUACUCAGCAGAAACUGGAGAGCAUUGAAAAUGAUCUAAAGGCUGCUGGAAUGAAAGAGAGUGAAGUAAUGGAGAAGCUUAAGUCUGCUGAGGAGCAGUUAGAGGAACAAGGGAAAGUAUUGGAGCAAGCUACAUCAAGAAGUGUAGAGCUCGAAUCACUGCAUGCAGCUCUGGCAAGGGAUUCCGAGCUGACACUCCAAGAUGCAACUGCAAAACUUGCUAGCAGAGAUUCAGAGGUAGAGUCAUUGAAUGAGAAAUUAAAUACUCUUGAAGAUCAAGUUAAGAGUUAUAAAGAGCAGAUAGCUGAAGCCACUGAAAGAUCUACUGCAGUGAAGGAUGAACUGGAACAAGUUUUGCUGAAGCUUUCUUUGUCUGAGAGCACCAAUGAAGACUUCAAAAAUAAAAUCUUGGAAGCAGAGAGUAAAUCUGCAGAGGUGCUAUCCGAAAAUGAACUAUUAACUGAGACAACAAAUCAGUUAAAUAGGAGGAUUGCUGAUCUUGAAGAACAGCUAAAUUCAGUCAGUGCUGAAAAGGAAGCUACUAUUCAACAGCUUGCUUCUCAUACAAGCACUAUCACUGAAUUAACAGAGAAACAUUCAAGAGCCUUUGAAGCUCAUGCAGUGACUGAAGCUCGCGUGUCAGAAACAGAAGUAAAGUUGGAAGAAGCAUUACAGAAAUUCUGCGAAAAAGAUUUAGAAGCUAAGGACUUAGCUGAGAAGCUACACUCUCUUCAGGAUCUGGUGAAAAGAUAUGAAGAUCAAGUGCAUGAAACUUCUGCCCUUGUUGAAAAUCAAAAAGUGGAACUAGAACUGUCUAUUUCGAAUUUGAGAGACCAAGAAAGAAUCAUUGAAGAACUGAAAAGUGCAUCAGGCAAACUUGAAGAGGAGAGAAAAGGUCUACUUAUUGAAAAUUCAGAAAUUUCAGAAAAAGUAGCCUCUUAUGAGCUGAAAUUAAAUGAUUUAGAAACCAAAUCAUCAGCCGUUAUUGCUGAGAAGAAUGAAGCAGUUGAAGAGCUGAAGAAGGUGAUAGAAGACUUGACAGAGCAAUUAAGUUCUGCAGGGCAAAAUCUUGAAGAGGAGAGAAAAGGUCUUUCAGAAAAAGUAGCCUCUUAUGAGCUGAAACUGAAUGAUUUAGAAACCAAAUCAUCAGCUGUUAUUGCCGAGAGGAAUGAAACAGUUGAAGGGCUGAAGAAAUUGAUAGAAGACUUGACAGAGCAACUAAGUUCUGCAGGGAAAAAUCUUGAAGAGGAGAGAAAAGAUCUUCAAGAAAAAGUAGCCUCUUAUGAGCUGAAAUUAAAUGAUUUAGAAACCAAAUCAUCAGCCGUUAUUGCUGAGAAGAAUGAAGCAGUUGAAGGGCUGAAGAAAGUGAUAGAAGACUUGACAGAGCAAUUAAGUUCUGCAGGGCAAAAUCUUGAAGAGGAGAGAAAAUGUCUUUCAGAAAAAGUAGCCUCUUAUGAGCUGAAACUAAAUGAUUUAGAAACCAAAUCAUCAACUGUUAUUGCCGAGAAGAAUACAACAGUUGAAGGGCUGAAGAAAGUGAUAGAAGACUUGACAGAGCAACUAAGUUCCGAGGGGCAAAAUCUACAGACGCAGCUAUCGUCAGCUCUGGAGGAAAAGAAACAACUCCAUGAAAAGCAUCAACAUUCUGAGAAAGAGCUUCUGAGUCAAAUAGCACAUCUUGAAGCACAACUUCAAGAACAUAAAUCGAGCAAAGAUGUACUGCAAUCCAAAGUAGAGGUCCUCACUGCGGAUAUCUCUCAGAAAUCUGAGCUGCAGAAUCUUGUGAAGGAGCUCGAAGAACAACUAGCUAGUGUCAAGCUUCAAGUCAAAGAACAGAAAGAAGCAGAAUCCCAAAAGGAGAUGAAACUAGAAGCCACUUUUAAGGAGCUGCAAGCUAAGAGCAAUGCAGUAACACUGUUGGAAAGCAAAGCCAAAGAACUGGAACAGAAAUUGCAGUUGGCUGAAGCUCAGUUAAAAGAAAAGGAGGAGAAAUUGCCAUUGGAGAUGAAAUCCAGGGAUAUCGGAUCAACUGUCUCAGCCGUAUCGAACCGGAAGAAAAAAUCGGGAGCAUCUUCCGGCCAGGCCGUGUCCUCAGAUUCACCGACAGUACAUGUUCAUGGCACCGACGCUGCCUCUCCUAUGAAGACACUGAAACACAUAUUGGGCGUGGCGUUGAUUUCCGUAAUCACCGGCAUCAUUCUUGGGAAAAGAUACUAGGUUGGGCUUUGGGUUCCGUUGUAAGAUUCUCCUAAUAAUUUCUUUACUAUAUAUUUAUUUAUGUCUGUCCUAGACUCCUAGUCAAGUAAUUUUUUCAUUGAAACACAAGAAAAGUUUUUAGUUUCUUUUUGCUGGUUAUGGCUUUUUUUGCCUUUUUAAUUUGAAUUGGAGAGUGAUUUUUUCAUUUUCUCCUCAACUGUAGCGAAAUCAAUUGGUCCAUGCUGUUGUAACAUUUUUAUACUAAAAUAUAUUUUGUCAGUUUUUUUUUU